UUGUCUUGCUCCCGUUCACACCAGCUGAAGUCCGAAAAUUUCACUCAAGAUGGAAACAGUGAAAGAUAGAGUUGAUGAGGGAGAUUAUGUAAUGCUUAAGAAAGCUGAAAAUUUGAGAGUAUUUCAAGUGCACAGGAAAAGGGAUAUCUGGUUAGAGAAGAGCAAAUUUUGCCUGGACGGUCUCAUAGGGCAGCAAUAUGGGACCUUGUUUGAGGUGAAGGAUGGUGGCCUGGUGCUGAUGGAGAGACCGCAGCCACAGGGCAUGGAGGAGGCAGGUGCGGUUGAGGUUCGGGAUAAUCGUAACCUGCUUGACGAGGACUCGAACCAGCGUCUCACCCAGGAACAGAUUGAGCAGAUGAAGAAGGAAGGUGUCUCUGGUGAUAAACUCAUUGGGCAUCUGAUAGAAAACAGUGCCACCUUCCAGAGCAAGACAGGAUAUGCACAGGAAAAGUGGGUUAAAAAGAAGAAAAAGAAGCACUUACUUCAGUUUACUGUGUUAAAGCCAACCGCUCGACUUAUGUGUGAAAUGCAAUGGUCAAAGGGACCUUCACGCAUAUGCAAUCUGCGUGUGGAUAGCCUGGCACAGAUGUUGACAAUGGGCAAUGUGCGAGCGGGUUCCACUGUUCUUGUUGUCGACUCCUGCCUUGGGCUGGUCACUGCUGCUGUGCUUGAGCGGCUUGGAGGUUUUGGCAGAGUUGUCAGUUUCUACCAGGGAGAUUCUCCUUUGAAAGCUACAUUGCAGCCAUUUGAUUUUCCACAAAAUGUGAUGGACACUCUAUACCAGUUCCCGUUGGAUAUGGUAAACUCUUUGAAACACCCUGCCACCACCAACAUACUUGAUGGUGACAUGACAGGAGACGCAGAAAACACUAAUGGUAGUGGUAUGCAAAUAACAGAUGAAACAGUGGAAAUAGAUAAAGAAAGUGAAGAGAAGACAAUUGACACUAAAGCUGAAAAUAGUGAGGAGGUAAAUAAAAUGGAUGAUGAAACAGAAAAUCCACAAAAAAACACAUGCGGUAAUGUUGAUAUGGAAAAUAUCACUAAAUCAAACAAUGAAAGUAAUAACGGGGAUUCUGUACAGAACAUGACCAAGAAAGGUAGCAGAGCAGACAGGUGGGGUAAAAAAGAUAAGAAGCAGAAGAAGGACCGUUCCCAGGCAAAAUUGGAACGGGCCCAAGAGAUCGAGAGAGCCAGAAGGGUGCUGCUGGAAAAGGAAGCUGACUGUUUGCUGGUGGCGACCAAGUUCCAUCCGAGUCCAAUAGUUCUUGCCCUAGCUGACAUUGUUGCACCAUCCAGGCCUCUUGUGGUCUUCUCACAGUUCAAAGAGGCAUUACAAGACUGUUAUGUGUAUUUACGGGAGCACAAAGGGCUGGUCAACUACAGGCUCACAGAAACAUGGCUGAGAGAAUACCAGGUUUUACCAUCACGUACCCACCCAGUGAUCCAGAUGAGCGGCACAGGUGGCUACCUCCUCUCCGCCACCACCAUCUGCCGCCCAUGAACUUUCUGAUACAGAAUCGUCUAUUCAUGUGUAUUACUGAUAAUAAACAUGUUGAUAAUGUU